CGGACGACGCACCGGGUACCGGAGGUCCUUUUCCAAAUUGGAGUCGUCAGUUUGCAGCAACAUUCGCUCACGAGCGGUCCAAGGCCUAACUCUUGUCAGCAUCGGUGACAAAAGGGCAAAAUUCUACAAUUGUCUAACGAAUUUACUUAACUAAUUAUUAUUUAUUAACAAGAAAAAAUAAACAAUGUGUUCAUAUUAAUAAUUUGCUAUAAUUGUGAUAGUGUUGAAUUGACUUUGGACAUUUUUUUAAGAAUAUUCAACGAAAAAAGUGAAAAAAAAAGUGUAAAAUGAUGAAAAUCUCGGAAAAUCGUCUUCCGUCGCUCGGCUGACUCCAAGUCCGUCGGGUGUCGCACCAAAACACAUCUCCAGCAGUGCGUCGUGCAAUCCAACUUGUGAAAAAUGAACAAUGACAGUUUAGAAGGUACCGUGCACGUGACCGCGCCGAGUAUUCUCAACAAACCGUCACAGACAAUGCCGCAGCGGUCACCGUUCGCCAUCCAGGAGUUGCUGGGUCUGGGCGAUUCACACCAUCAUCGGUCACCCGCCGCUGCAGUGUCGGCGAUCACGCCCAACAUCUACAACCCGCAUCAGCGGCAUAUGCAAGUGCCGACAUGUUUCCCGUCCGAGCAUACCUUCAACCAUCACCAUAUGACGAUGGCGGCGAGCCGGAUGGCGUAUUUCAAUGCGCAGGCAGCGGUGGCGGCGGCGUUCCUACCGCAUAACAUCGCUGCCGCCGCCGGGAUGAAUGGAACACCUGGUGGGGCAUCACCGGCGACGGUUCUUGGACUGGCUGCACACGCGCAAGGUACUAAUUCAGGUUUUCCUCAGUUAAAAUCAACUUUUGGAUCAUCUGGACCAGGCUCCUGCUUAUCAGGUCAACUAGACAAUACCAAAGACUUUUCAAUUACUGACGGUUUGGGAGGCUUCAACAAGAAGAAAAAGAAGAAAAGGAGACAUAGCCGGACUAUUUUUACGAGUUAUCAAUUGGAAGAGCUUGAAAAAGCUUUCAAAGACGCGCACUAUCCGGACGUCUACGCGAGGGAGAUGCUAAGUCUGAAAACAGAUCUUCCUGAAGAUCGAAUACAGGUGUGGUUCCAAAACCGACGUGCAAAAUGGCGAAAAACCGAGAAAUGCUGGGGCAGGAGUACAAUAAUGGCCGAGUACGGAUUAUACGGCGCGAUGGUGCGGCACUCGCUGCCGCUCCCGGAUACAAUCCUCAAGAGCGCCAAGGAGAAUGAGAGUGUUGCACCCUGGCUCUUAGGAAUGCAUCGAAAGUCACUGGAGGCGGCGGAACACCUCAAGGACGACAAUUGCGGUAGUAAUAGUGAGCACGAGGACACGACGAGCAUGCGAACGGAGGAGAGUGACGCGAGCGCCACGUCGAUUCCACGUGCUCGCUCGCCGUGCACCCAGCCGCCCCCGCCCCCACCGGCUAACCAUCGAGAUAGUCCCGUGAAGAUGGAACAACAGCAGGCAGCGCAACCGCCGCAACCACCACAACCGCCACAGCAACCACAACCACCGGCGGCGCCGUACGUGGAUGAUCCGGAGGCGUUUCGUAAUAAUUCCAUCGCGUGUCUGCGCGCCAAGGCGCAGGAACACAGCGCUAAGCUGCUCAGCCACCAUCAUCACCUGCUGAUGCACAGCCGGAUGGCGGCGGCGGGUAAUGGCGUCCCGCCGCACAUCGUGCUCAACGUUGAUGGCCCCCCGGUGAAUCCCGCGCAGGAUGCCAACGCGAAUAAUCUGCAUCAGGAGGACGCCAAACCCAGCGUGUACUGAUAUCGCACGUUUUGUCCAUAAAUGUACUCUAAUUGUAUAAAAAACACACUUAUGAUGAGCGGAUUAUUGUUUAAAGGGGUGCUGGUACUUGCAAUUUAUUUUUUACGUCAAAAUCUGAAUAGUUUCGCUUUGUAGAUCAAGGUAAACAGAAACCUACAAACGUAAUGUGGUUACUUGAAGGACAAAGGAAACAUUAAAAGCGUUUGCUGCUUUUUAAGUGCGGCUUUUGAAAAAAGCGCUCGGACAGCCGUGCUUAUAGUGUCCGCGGUGUUAAUUCCACAAGAAGCCAUCGUGCAUAGAGCAGAGAAACAGGAUUUAUCAUUUUACGACUCAGUCCGUCAUACUCUUACACCAUACCAGGCGACUUCGGCUAAUAAACGAAGAAUUGUGAAUUGCGUUUGCAAAUACAGAUUAGUUCCAGUUGGCGUGGUGGAAAACGAAUAUUUAAGGUCUAAACAAUGGAAAUCCACAACGAAGCAUUAAUUUGACGCAACCCCUUUUUGACUGUUCAACGAAUCAAUUCCGAAACACUCAGAACUAAGGAUAAUAUAUUCGCGGUGACUUUUAUUUGAAAUAACUCAAAAACUAAUUAACUUAGAGUAAUGAUCUUUUUAGAAAAUUAUUUAGUAUUAAAUUCUGAGUCUAUGUAUGUAAAAAUUUUGUUAAUAACUAUUUUUUAACAAAAGUUAUAGAAGAUUUUGUGUUAAUUUUAUAAAUUUAUCAAUAUUUUGCUUUAAUAACCUAUAACUUUUUGUGCAAUAAUUUGAUAAACAAAAUAUUUUAACAAAUACAUGCAGAAUUUAAUAUAGAAUCAUUUUCUGAAAGAAUUAUUAUUUUAUCUCGAAUGGUUUUCGAGUUAUCUUCAAAUAACUGCGCAAAUUGCUUGCUAGGAUAAUAAUUUUCGUAGUGCAAUAUAUUUUGUGUUGAGACUUGAUACAAACAAACAUACCAAACUACAUUUUGUCGGUGUGUGCAUGUACAUAAUUAAUUCUUAAGCAUUUACACUAAAAACACAAACACAUAAUGAUUGUACAAUGAUUUGUAAAUAUUUUCUAAGUGUAGGAGUGCACGUCUGCGAUUCGAUUGAAUUUAACGACUCACAAUUUAUUGCAGAUUUUAAACGUUUAAACCCGCACGAAACGAGAAAUAAAUUCAACUAACAUUACAACUAACACUCGCAUUAAAAGACAUAAACAAAAAAAAACAAAAUGGCGCGCGAUAUGAUGAUGAUACUAAAGUGCAAAUACUGCAAUGUGUAAAUAUUACAUAUUUAAAUUCUAACUGCGAUGCUGAGAAUAUGUGAAAAUUGAAUUUUCUUCGUUUGCGUUAUCAAUUCAGCGUUUUGCAGUUUCAUAACGUGAAAAUCUGAUAAGCGGCAACCUGUAGCUUUAUUUAAUUUAGAUAAAACGAACUUUCCUGCAAGCCUCUCUCCUAAAACAACUAACUGUAGAUAUUUAUCUUGUAUUACAAUAAGUUCUACGAGUAUAAGCUGUAAUUGCGAAGAAUUGACGCAUUUUUUAACCUGCAGCCAAAGCAAAACGACGAAAAUCAAACGCACCCUAUACGAAAUUGUAUAAAAACCGAAAGAAAUUAAAAACUUGUACAUUUUAAGCAAAUUAUUAGCAAAUAACGAGUUUUCCAACAAUCACAGGCAUAUUAAAUGCAUAAUUUGUCUAUGAUUGUCGGAGAAAUCGAUAAAUUAUUGAAACAAAAUUAAAUUAUAAUAAAUUAUUCACGUAAUGAGAUAACGAGAGAUUUUUAUGAUGGAAUGCAAGCGCACGUUGGCGACUUUUCUGUUUUUCGAGUUUUCGACGAGUGGUGCGUGUGUUUGUGCUGAUUAGCGACUAAGAUAAGCAUUGAAACCAAAUUUAGUGAUCGACACUAACUAUAUGAAUGAAGAAUGAAGCAGUCACACACAAAGGGGACGAGAAAUAAUGUAAAUUAUAAAUAAAUAUUAUGUGUAUUGUACGUUUUAAAUUAUGUCUAUAUGCAUAGCA